CCAUCAGCCACCCACAGCACAGAACCCUACUGAGGCAUCCCACCCUGCGCACAGCACACUCAUCCUGAGGCGCCACAGCACAAGGCUGUAGCUCCUCCCCCUGACAUGCAUAAUCAAAAGGCCAGGAACAAUUCUGUAACUCAAGAGUUACCUUAACCUGGGCAAGAAGAAGGAAGAACAGAGCCUUGGGCUCCCAGAACAUCCUGACUGAGAAUCUCAGUUAACUGCCCUCUCUUAGUUACACUCCUCGUCACUGAGACACAGUACCUGACACCCACAAAUUAAGGGAGGAAAGGUUUAUUUGGGCUCACAGUUUGCAGAGGUUACAGUCUGUGCUUGCCUGGCUCCACAGCGGGGCAGAGGAGGCUUGCUCACAGGCAUGGCAGUUAGCAAGCAGAGAGACACCAAGGGAGGAGGGAGGGAACCAGACUCUUCCAGGCCGUGCCCCCAGUGGCCCACCUCUGGAGACCACUUCGUACUUCCCAGCAUCACACUGAUCUAUAAACUCAUCCAUGGACAAAUCCACUAAUGAGCAUCACAUCCCCAGGGCUCAAUCACCUCCCAGAGCCCCACCUAGGAGUGCAUGAGGCAUGGGGGGGCCAUCUAGAUAUAAACCCUAACAACUGCUUUCCAUGCCAACUGGCUAUGGGGAAAGGAGCCUCAAAAACUGGUGUUUCCAAGGACACCAAAGUUUAGCUAUUCUGGAAAGAAGAUUUGAUGUUCUCCUGCUCAACACUCUGAAGUCCCUCUUCACACAGAAGAAACACCUGUCUGCCCAAUCUACUUGCCCUCAAGUCCUCAAUCACAGCCAGCAACCACCAGCACCAAGCAGAAGGUCUACGUUUCCACACUAAAAAAGCUCUCACGACCGUCACCCCUGCUCUCCGACUCGGCACGGCACGGCAUGGAGCCCACGGGCCUCGGCGCUGCCCGCGCGCUCCGCCGGCGGCCUCCGCUGUGUUGGCUGUUCCUGCUAGCGCUGCUGCUACAGCCGGCAACCUGCACCCAAGCCACACCGGGCGCCCCCAGCCCCGGGACCACACCGGACACCCCUGGCUCUGAGACCACCCCGGGCGCCCCCAGCCCCGGGACCACACCGGACACCCCUGGCUCUGACACCACCCCGGUCACCCCCAGGGGCCCGGGGCUGCGAGAGCGCGCGCGGGCCCUGAUGCGGGGCUUCCCGCUGGUGGACGGCCACAACGACCUGCCCCUGGUCCUGAGGCAGUUUUACCAGGAUUCACUACAGAAUGUCAACCUGCGCAAUUUCAGCCAUGGCCACACCAGCCUGGACAGGCUUAGAGAUGGCCUGGUGGGUGCUCAGUUCUGGUCGGCCUACGUCCCAUGCCAGACCCAGAGCCGGGAUGCCGUGCGCCUCACCCUGGAGCAGAUCGACCUCAUCCACCGCAUGUGUGCCUCCUACUCUGAGCUGGAGCUGGUGACCUCAGCAGAAGCUCUGAACAGCACCCAGAAAUUGGCCUGCCUCAUUGGCGUGGAGGGUGGCCACUCGCUGGACAGUAGCCUCUCCGUUCUGCGAACCUUCUAUGUGCUGGGAGUGCGCUACCUCACACUCACCCACACCUGCAACACCCCCUGGGCAGAGAGCUCAGCUAAGGGCACACAUCCUUUCUACAACAACGUCAGUGGGCUGACCAGUUUUGGGGAGAAGGUGGUGACAGAAAUGAAUCGCCUGGGCAUGAUGGUAGACUUGUCUCAUGUCUCUGAUGCUGCGGCACGGCGGGCCUUGGAAGUGUCACAGGCACCCGUGAUCUUCUCCCACUCGGCUGCCCGGGGUGUAUGCAACAACACUCGGAAUGUUCCUGAUGACAUCCUGCAGCUUCUGGAGAAGAACGGCGGCGUUGUGAUGGUGUCCUUGUCUGUAGGGGUGCUGCAGUGCAACCUGUUAGCCAAUGUGUCCACUGUAGCAGAUCACUUCGACCACAUCAAGGCAGUGAUCGGGUCCGAAUUCAUCGGGAUUGGCGGAGAUUAUGAUGGUACCAGCGAGUUCCCUCAGGGGCUAGAGGACGUGUCCACGUACCCCAUGCUGAUAGAGGAGCUGCUGAGUCGGGGCUGGAGUGAGGAAGAGCUUCGAGGUGUCCUUCGAGGAAACCUGCUGCGGGUCUUCAGGCGAGUGGAGCAGGUUCGGGAGGAGAACAAGUGGCAAAGCCCACUGGAAGACGUGCUCCCAGAGGAACAGCUGGACAGGGGCUGCCACCGCAUCCACCCACAUCAGCACCAGAGACGACGACUGGCUCCAACCAAGAUCCCGUCACAUCCAGCACCCCUGUCAUCUCACAGGGGGUCGUUCUCAAAAUCUUCCCCCAGCCUGGUCGCAGGCCUCACAGUGGCUACCAUAUCCCCAGUUCUUAUUCUGUGGUUCUGGUGACUCAGCCCUGACAGAUGUCACUUUGGCAACCCUGCACACCCCAUGCAGGUCCCUCCUCGUGCAGAUGCAAACAUUUCCUGGAAAUAAAUGUUUGGACAUGGAA